GGUAUGAAAAGUUGCGGGGCUACACAGGACCAGGCUGGCUGCUACCACAGGUGACAGGAGAAUGCUCUGCUACAGCUCCUGUGAUAGGGUGCCGCUGAGUAGAAGAAAGUCACUGCGGAAAUCACUACAGGAACAUGGGCUCCACGCUGAGCUGAAUGGCCGUACACCAGAUCUUUCCAGCAAAUAUUCAUCAGGAUUACAGGGAGCUGCCACAGAGCCGCUACUCAACUACAUGGAUAAUGAAUAUUUUGGCACCAUUUACAUUGGGACUCCCCCACAAGAGUUCUCUGUAGUGUUUGACACUGGAUCUGCUAACCUGUGGGUCCCGUCCGUGUCCUGCUCCAGUGCUGCCUGUGCUAACCACCACAAAUUUAACCCUCACUUAUCCUCCACUUUUCAAUCUUCCACUGAAAUGGUUUCAAUCUCUUAUGGGACCGGAAGUAUGAAGGGGGCGUUGGGCUACGAUACCGUGCAGGUUGGAAGCAUUGCUGCUACAAAUCAAGGUCUUGUUCUAAGUGAAACAGAGUCCAUAUUUCUGUACUACUCGCACUUUGAUGGAAUAUUGGGGCUCGGUUACCCCAGCUUGUCAGUGUCUGGCACUACCCCAGUAUUUGACACCAUGUGGAAUGAAGGAUUAAUAAGUCAGGAUCUAUUCUCAGUGUAUCUAAGCAGGGGAAAUGGAAGUAUGAUUACGUUUGGGGGAAUCGAUGAGUCCCAUUAUACUGGAAGUCUACAGUGGGUGCCAGUCACAGAACAGAAAUUCUGGCAGAUCACAAUAAGCAGCAUCAUGCUCAGUGGCCAGGUGGUGGCGUGUCAGGAUGGAUGUGACGCUAUCGUGGACACAGGAACAUCAGUUAUUGCUGGACACCCAGAGGCAAUUAGAGGGAUCCAGGAAGCCAUUGGUGCAACGCCGGACGUGUAUGGACUGUAUAAUGUGAACUGCAAUGAAAUUAGGUCCUUGCCUGAUAUCAUCAUAACAAUUGAUGGAAUGGAUUACCCUAUACCCGCGAGUGCUUAUAUAAACCAGUUUCCCGGAUCAUGUAGCAGCGGUUUCCAGUCCACCUCUGGCCCUUGGAUUCUGGGAGACAUUUUCAUCCGUGAAUAUUUUGUGGUGUUUGACCGGAGUAAUAACAGAGUUGGAUUCGCCUCAGCUGUCAAAAUGUAGUGGUUACUUAUUGUAUAAAGAGAUUGGACCUAUGAGAAGACAGAGUUUAAGCCACGUAAUAAGUGAUUGUAAUUCGUAUAACUUCAGCUUAUUCCUAAUAAUAAAUAAUAAAAUUUUAGCAGUAAUUCGUGGAAUGGAAUUUGACUUGAAUGUCCUAUCUGUAAGAAUGAUAACAUGACUGCCUCCAUAUUGCCUUGGAUCAUUUCAGGGGAUGUUUAUUAAACAAUAUUUUCUGGCUAUCCCCUGGGAAAAUAAAAUUCGGGAGGUAUCCACAAAUAUUAGCCACUUUCCUGGCAAUGUUACAUGGUUUUCACCUACACCAGUCAGAUACACAGUGAGGGCGGCUGCAGGAAGAAAACCUUCCUACAGCUGCUGCUCACAGAGGGACAUCCCCCAGUGUCCAUAGCACUGCGGAUCGGUCAGCACAUCAGGAACCCCCACACAGCGGCUCCCCUUUGUGUAUCAAAAUAAAGGUUGCUACGGUCGUAAUUUUCCUGAUGUUCCAAUGGUGA